AUGCUGGCGGCGCGCACUCCCGGCAGCAGCAACGCGCCCAGCAACGCGCGCUGCUGCGGGAACAGCGGCAACCAGCAACACGCCAGCGGCGGCAACAACGCAGCGGCGUGCCAGCGGCAACAUAACGACCAACAGCAGCAGCAACAGCAGCGGCGGCGACGACAACGCAGCGGCAGCAACGGCGACGGCAGCACCAGCAACAUUGGCAACAACAGCGGCAACAGCAACAGCAACGCGGCAACGCAGCGAUUUGUUGGCAACAGCAACAGCAGCAGCGGCAACAGCAACAGCAGCGGCAACCGCCAGCAGCAGCAGCAACGCCAGCAACAGCGCAACAGCAGCGGCAGCAACAGCAGCACCGCCCAGCAACGCGAUGGCGGCAACAACAGCGGCAACAACAGCAACCCGGCAACAACGCAGCAGCAGCAGCGCGGCAACAGCAACGCCCGCAGCGGCCGGCAACAGCCAACAGCAGCAGCAGCAACCGGCGCUGCGCAACACGUAGCAGCGGCAACCAGCAACAGCAACCACACGCGGCAACGUGCCCGCGCGCAGCAACACAGCGGCAGCACCAUUAACGCCAGCAGCAACAGCGGCAGCAGCGGCAACAACAACAGCAGCUACAGCAACACGUUUGGCAGCAACAACAGCAACAGCGGCAACGCAGCAGCGGCAGCAGCAAGCAACGGCGCAUUAAACAGCAACAGCUGA